AUGUGUAUUUUUUUUUGCAAUAUAUUUAUAGAAAUAAACGAGUCUUUUAUAAUUUUAGGUACUUACUUUGAUGCAGUCGGCUAUAAUGGUCAAGGUUUAUCAGACUAUAUGUUAUUUUGUAGUGUGACUGCAGCUAUACUAGUUAUAGUUAAUACUGCACAGAUCGCCUUGGACACAAUGUAUUGGACGGUCUUCAACCACAUUAUGAUAUGGGGCUCUCUGGCAUUUUAUUUUAUAGCGGACAAUUUUUAUAACUACCUUUGCCGCGGCCCGUACGUCGGCUCUUUGAUAAAAGCGAUGUUAGAAGUGAACUUUUGGUUCACAACCGUCCUUGUCGUUAUCAUUUCUAUAAUGCCUGUGCUGGCGUGGAGGUUCUACUUUGUAGACGUGUUCCCUACCUUAUCCGAUAGGGUUAGGUUGAAGCAAAGAAUGGCACAGGUACGAUCUAGACAUAGUCACGACGCCUUAAGAACGCCGUCGGCGAGACGAGUAAGACGUUCGAUACGUUCUGGCUAUGCUUUUGCCCACCAAGAAGGUUUCGGUCGUCUUAUUACGUCCGGAAAGAUCAUGAGAAAACUACCUAACACCGACUUCAUUAUAAACAAAUUAAACAUGACUUCUACGGGAAGUGAACACCAUCACCAUCAUAAAAAUACCUCAACGGGAAGCGCUGCCCCGCCGUCAGAUGGAAGCAGUAGCGGAGGUCCUGGCAGGGCGCCCAUUCAAGAUUUGGACACCAUCAAUCUAUGACGAAUGUGCUCUGCUUAGACAAAAAGGGCAAUGUUUUGUUUUUGCUACUUAAGAUUAAAAGUAUUGUUUUUGGUUGUUAAACUAAUGGAACCGCGAAAGUGGAAAAUGAAUGUUUCUUUUUUUUGUAUAUAGACAUAUUUUAAUUAGACAUUAGCAGUUUUGCAGAUUAAUCGAGAAUAUUAAUAAUAAUAAUAAUAAUAAGAAAUAUGUGGAAUUGUUACACCGAAUAGUAAAUACUUAUUGGAAAUAGAAG